UACAUCUCGUCGCAACACAUCACCGUCAGACCUCACUCUCCCUGUCAACAUGUCACUUUGUACUAGCUGUCACCGCUCACUCUUGCGACCAGUCGUCUCGACGGCCUCGUCCUCCUCCUCAUCGUCCUCGAUCAGGACCUACACCGCACGAGCACCUGCCGCCUGGAAAUCCCGAACACAUACUCAAAAGGCCGCCAGGAUUCCCAACCCCCUUCCUGCCAUCUAUCCUCAACUUGUCAUCCUCUCGGACGGCUCAUCCUUUACCUCAUAUACCACCUCGCCAUCCCCCGCAACCCUCCGACUCACACGAGAUGUGACCAACAACCCGCUCUGGAACCCGGCUAGCGAAGGUCGAAGAGGCGGCGGAGAGGAAGAAGGUGGAAGGCUCGCACGAUUCCGAGCGAGGUUCGGAGCCAACUCGCCCUCGUCCGAGACGCCUGCGGGUGAGCAAAAGGCCGGGUCGAGCAAGCAGAGCUCGAGCUCGUUUGGGGUCAGCGAUUUCGACUGGAUGGGAGAGGAGGCUGGAGUGGCCGAGAAGGUGUCGGCCAAGGAGAUGAGCGGGCCACAGAAGGCUACCAAGGGCAAGAAGAAGUAGGAGGUCGGACGAUAGAAAUCGAGGGCGUUUGGCCAGAUCUGGCAUUAUGCGGCGCUGGUCACGACUGCCUCGACAAAACCUCCCCUCCCUCACGUUCACGACACAUAUCUUCAGCUUGCCAAAUCACCACCUGAAUCUCGAAGGACAGCUCGGAGCGUGUGGGAACAACGCAGAUGGGCGUACGGUGCUUCAGUCGAGGUAGACCACCGAGAAACGAACGGGUUUCACCUAAUGUAUUACCAAUGUACCCAAAAUAUCCGCCAGAGGAUUAUACAACCUUUUCAUGAU